AUGGCGGCUGGGACGAUGUCGAUCGGAGAGCUCACAGAAGACGGAUACUUCCCGCCAUGUCCGUCCAACUGGACUCACCACAUCCCGUGCUACGAUCCAAACAUCGCCGUCCACUUUCCCUUCGCAGACAACGUUUUCCGCGAGCGACACUGCCCGCCUCCUUCAGCCCGCCCGCGCUGCCUGAUUCCCCCUCCCCCCGGCUACCAGCGCGCGCCCCCCUGGCCGGAUAGCCUAUGGAGCGUCUAUGCCCGAAGCGGACGGCGCGGAGCGGUACGUGGCGCAGCUGCGCAACUUCAUUCCGUUCGGGUCGCGCCUGCGCACGGCUCUCGACACAUCGGCGCGGGGGUGGGGGGAUUCGCGGUGGAGCUGCUGCGCCAGGGCAUGAUCACUGUGUCGCUCGGCCCGCGCGACGGUUUCCGCGGGCAGGCGCAGUUUGCGCUCGAGCGCGGGCUGCCCGCGCUGGUGGGCAUCCUGGCGACGAUGCGCCUGCCGUUCCCGUCGCUCGCGUUCGACCUCGUGCACUGCUCGCACUGCCAGGUCCCCUUCGGCCUCCCCAGUACGUGCGCCGCCACCCCCGCGCUCUCUCGUGGCCUCUCGCGCAUCCCGCGCACCCCAUCCAGUGCCCUCGUGCUCUCGCACGCGAGAAACGGCACGCACCUGUUCGAGGUGGACCGCGUGCUGCGCGCGGGGGGCUUCUUCGUGCUGGCGGGGCCGCCCGUGCGCUGGCCGGGCAGGGCGGCUGAGUGGCGCACGCUGCGCGAUAAGGCGCGCGCGCUGUGCUGGCGGCUGGUGCUGGUGGUGCCGCACGUAGCCAUCUGGCGGAAGAGCAGGGGGGUUGAGGUGGCGGGCGGAAGCGGGGAAAGCGGGGGGGAAAGAAGAUG